AUGAAGAUACAAUCUUGGAAUGUUAGAGGCCUUGGUAGGCUUGAGAAAAGGAGAAAAAUUAAAAGGGCGGAAAGGAAAAUUAGUUUAGUGUUGAUCCAAGAGACAAAGCGUUCAACAAUCACUCCUGAAGUGGCAAAAUCCAUCUGGUACGAAGAUAAUAUUGAGUAUAUGGCAGUGGAUGCAGAAGGCAGAGCAGGUACUCUCUUUUCCUCCUUUAACUGUGUGAUUGUUAAUGUAUAUGAUCCAUCGGAGGUGGCUAAGAGGAAAGAGUUAUGGGUUAAUUUUGCACAAUUAAAGAAUACUUUCUUGGGGCCAUGGUGUAUGGGGGGCGAUUUCAACGAAAUAAGGACCAUUUCAGAAAGAAUUGGGUGUUCUCGUAGAGACAGAGGAAUGAGGGAGUUUAAUACCAUGAUUGACCAACUAGAAAUGAUUGAUUUACCAAUGCUUGUGGAGGAAACUUGGUCAGAAUCUCAGGUGGUAGGUUGGGCUAGGUACAAAUGUCUUAAGAAGUUUAAAGCCUUGAAACAAAAAUUAAAAGUGUGGAAUAUUGAAGUGUUUGGAAAGAUUGAAUUUAAAAUCAAAGCUGCUGAAGAGGAAGCCCAUGCUAUUGAACUAAUUGCUGAAGAAAGAGCACUCCUGGGGCAUAAACAAGCUAGAAGAAGGGAACUAAUGGGGGAAGUAUGGAGAUUGAAUAAAAUGCUAGAAUGGACAUGGUUACAAAAGUCAAGAAUGAACUGGGCCUUAAAAGGUGAAAGGAACACAAGGUAUUUUCACAUAAUGGCUUGUAACAGAAAUAGUAGGAACUCUCUGUGUUCAAUGAUGGUAAAUGGUGUAAUGGUUGAGGAACCUAUAGAGGUCAGGCAUGUGGUGAUGACUCACUUUAUGAAUCUUUUCUCUGAAACGUGGGCUGUUAGGCCUCAAUUAUCUGUGCAGUUCAAAAAUAUCGAUGGAAGCCAAGCAGCAGAUAUAUUAGAAGUAGAGUUUACCGAGGAGGAAGUUAGGAAUGUUAUUAAUUAA